UUAAAUUAUAUAAAUUUAGAUAUCAAAAUAUCUCUGUUUUUGUUCAUGCUACAUAUGGUUGUGGCUGUUGGGCUAGAAUGUUUUCUCAUAUUCAGGGGGAUUCAAGGGCUAAUUAAAGCACUAGCAUCAGUAAAACAGAUGGAGAAAAUGGUACUUAAAUAUUUGCUGCCACAAGUUGAAGCUGCAUCGCUCUUGAGCAUAUCUCUUGCAUUUGCCUGGCAAAAGGCAGUGAAGCAAUGGCCUCAUUUCAUGAUUCAUUUCAUACUUUGGAGCUCCUUUGUUAUGUGUUUGUCAACUGGAAUUCUUCUGGUUUGCUUUCAGAGACCUACCACAGAUGGUGUUGGGGUUUGCCUCAUUGCCUUUGCAAUUGAUUUAAACCACCCCGCUUAUGUGAUGCUUGGGGCUGGAUUCAUAUGGAUGUCUAUGUGGAUUUUGGCUGUGAUUGGCACCUUUAAUUUCCCCCUUUCAACCAUUGAUUAUAAUUGUAUUGUUCUUGAGCUUGGCUUGGACGGCUGAAGUCUUGAGAAAUGUUACCAAUUUAACAGUUAGCACUUAGCAGAGUAAUUUCUUUGUAUUACCUCAAAGGAAUGCAGUGCAGUACUAACUUCUGCUUCCAAAGAGCCUUAUCCCUGAACCUUGGAAGUGCUUGUCUUGGAUCCUUAUUCGUUCCAACAAUAGAAGCACUGAGAAUUG